CAAUGACACCACAGAGGUAGACACAACUGCUCUACACAUACUUACUAGUUAAGGCAAACUAAGACUACUGCCGCAUACUAGUAGAAACAAAAGAUGUCUUCCUCGUCCAGCAUGUCCGAGGAUCAAUACAAGUCACCGCGCGGAGGUCAAAACGAAGACGUGCCUCCGACGAAAAGCGAUGAGGUGCCUCCUACGACACUCUUUUAUGAAGAGAGGGGAUAUUGUCGAGAAUGUUGAUCCAGUUCGUUGCUAAGACAAAUUGAGAAUCAAAACGAUGAGCUCAUAACACCUUUCUCUCAGAGUAAGUACAAAAUAGGACUAUGCCAAUUAGAGGUCAAAAAUCCUUCUAGUUCAUGAAACACCACAACAAGCACUAGGUAAAAACUCUUGUCUAAUUCUUGCAAGUAGAGGUUAGAACGCAUGAUGAGGAGGAAGAUGCCGAAAAAGAGACGCAAAAGGUGGAAGACGAGGGAGCGCGAGCUGUGCAAGAGCUAGAGGAAUACCAAGAGGAAUUACAAAAUGCAUCAGGUCAAAAUUUUGUUAUGGAUUCACUUUUCACGUAACUAACAUCUACGCUAACGCUAGCUUGAAGCAAGUUGGAGUUGAACAGAAAGUAGUAGAAUGGUUCCCUGUGAUGUGCCUUGAUACAACUAGAACCACAACAGCUACAUCAACUAUUGGAGGUGAAUUUCUAGUGGGUCAUGUUGACGCGAAAGGUGGAUUUCCGUCAGAUUUUGCCUUCUAAUCUCAGCCGAAACCCAUUAGUGAAGAAGUCCAACAGCUUUCCACUGGCGACCCGGUCGUUUCCGAUAGCUUGGAUGUCAGCGGUUGUAGAAAGAGCAGAAAAUCUGAAGGGCUCGGAUGUGGACUUGGAGUUGAAAAAGGUGCUGAAAGAACCAGGCGCAGCGUUUUCCAAGCGCAAGGACAAAGCUGUCUUUUUUUGUGCUGUCAUGGGGAUGCUCUUCCUGACUUUUUUAGUCUUCGGAGAUUACAAUUAUGACGUUGUAAGUACUGUAGGAGGUGAUGAAGAAGCAAGCUUGUUCGUUGUAGUCGUUCUUUCAUCGCAUAUUAUCAUUAUCUGUCACGCUUCAACAAAAAUGUUAGUGUUAUUCAACUGACCGACCGGAUACAACUUAUUAGUCCCAUACAAGUCGUACUUAUGCACUAUGCUGAAAACCUGAAACGGCUCGAGCCUUCUAGCUUGACCACUCGUUGAGGCGUGCCACUGCCACCAUGAUUCAUAACUCUAACUCACGUGGCUCUAUUUCUAUGUUUGGACAGCGGGAUACUUUGUUUUGGUGCCUUGGCGAUUCUACGACUACUGGGUGACAAAGUACUUACAAUAAAUUAUAGUUUCUUUAUUUAGUUCCUUGGCCCUGCUGCGCGUCUUCACCGCGGUCUAUUAAAGAAGAUUGCCCAGAAGUCUUGUUACAUACAGAAGUGUCACUCACUGGCUACUACAUUCUAGAAAAAUUUAAGAUUGUAGAUGCCCACUAAAAUAAAUCUAACUCAACAUCUUUCCUCAGGUGGAUGUUUGUCGACAUCCCACAUCAAAAGUAGAUCUAACUCAACAUCUUUCCUCAGGUGGAUGUUUUUCUAUGUCGACUUCUGCUAUUUUGCGAAUGCGAUUCUUCUUCUGUAUGUAUGGGUGUUUCCCGAUGUUCCAGAGCUAUUCAUAAUUUCCUUUUGCUGUUCGUGCCAGCAAGUGACGGGGAUACCGCUGUACCGAAAUUCUCUGGUCUUUCAUUCCUUGCAGAAGCUGAUCUCGUUGUACCUGCAUUUUUGCCCCUUCCUUUAAGGCUACAGCCGCGUUCGUAUACUCUCUCAAAGUCAUAGUACGCCAGCCGCUAAAGUCUGCCACAUCGGAUGGUAGGCCCCAACCUAACCUAAGCUAACCUAACGUGUACUCUCUCAAAGUCAUAGUACUCAUCUUGAUAGAAGACUACUUCUUGGCGGCGGACUUGUUAUGUUCUUCUUGAAGCCUAUUAGCAACGACAAGGCACGACCAAAGAUCAUGAAGAUUUUGCUAGCUCUAGACCUACUUUAUAUUUGCUUACAAAUAUGGGCGUACUACUCCAACACACCUACUACAACAGACUUGGUACCCACUUUACUCCCCUCUAAGAGGAAGUGGUCUUCAUGAUCCGCCACUACCCGUUGCAACUGGAAUACGGUCCCGCGUUGUCAGGCUUCUUCUCAACAGACUACCAUUACGAGACAAAGGCAGAACUAGGCUCGGCAACACAAGUUUCCGCCAGUUCACCAUCGAGUGGCCAGACAGUAUCAUCUGAUAAGGUGCAGCUCGUGACUUCUGGGACAUCUCAGCAUGACAAAGCGUGGCUCGUGAAGCACGAAGAUGAGGCAUCCAUGGGAGACGUUUUUCGCGGGAAGCGGUUCGGAUUCGUGAUUCCAGACGAGUUGACAAUGUUAAGAGUUGAGCUCGUCAUUUCAUGGUCUCUAUGUAUCUAUUUGAUUUCUUUAAAUUUGAGUCAUAACAGCUUACAGCACAUCGUCCCAACUACCCCUUUCCCACUCAUUUCAAAAAAAGCUUUUAGAACACCCUUCUAAUACCUGGUGAUGCAUUCACGUGGCCCUUCGUUUUUUUCGCGCUGCAUCAGUCCUUUCAUUACAUCUUCCUCAAUUUCAUCUGCCCAGUGCCGAAAGAUCCGAUUUACUACACGUCUUACAGGUACAACUAUUUCAGUUGCAAAUUUAUGGUCGUCCUCUAGAAGAACGAAGUAGUUGUAUCAUCCAUCACCAUCUCUGUACUUAUGUAUCAUUUAUACGUUAAUAUGAAUACAAUCCUGCUCACUCUCCAACCACAUCAUCAUCAUCAUCCUCAUCAUCAUCAUCAGCAGCAUCAUCAUCAUCAUCAUCAACCAAAAAAUACAGACACUUGACGACGAUGAAGGGCAGCCCAUUUCAGGGACUUCCAGGUGGAAAAAAAUGGGUCCCAAUUUGGUACGCGGCAGCGAGUGUGACACUCUGCUUAUGAUGUAGUUGGGUAGUAGUACGUAGAAGAAGAAGACGUCGUCAGGGAAAUCAUCUAAGCCAUGUGGUGGCUUAUGAAUCCACAAAUAGUAAAUGGUAAUACAUCGAUCUUUCUAUGAUUAUGGUAUCGCUUCCUCAUCAAAAGAAAUUGAGGUUCUUCUAAUCCUCGUGAUGUUCUUAGCCCCGACUCCACUUUGGUACGCGUCACCGGAAGCCAUGCUGUUCUUUGGCGUCGCAAUGCUCUCGCGUGGUGUGUGGAACGGCGGCAGCUGGUACAUCGAAGUUUUCGGAAAAAACUAUUCUUAUGCUGCAGGGCUUAUUUAGAAAUGUGUUUUGUUUUUGUAGAUUAUUCUCUAAGUAGAAAUUUGUUUCGUAAAGAGCGCACUGUCCCGCAUUUUUAUGAUUCUUUUUCCUGUGAGGUGUUUGUCAUUCUUUGACUAGUUGUACAGGAGCUUCUUUUGAGAUGAGUAACAAACGGGUCUGCAGUAGCUCUAACAUCGAGGAGAGAAAAAACCAGGUGAGAAAAAGCCUGGUGAGAAAAAGUCGGGUGAGCAGAGGAAGGCUCCCAUCUCAGAACCGGGAGUUGCUGCGCCAACCGAAACGAAAGAGAAAGAGGUUGAGAGCAAAUAGAGUUUAGCACGAUUUCAUCCGCAUAAGGUUGAAAAUUUGCUUUGAAUAUCAGAGUUGUACCUCACAAUUGCAAUCUAGUGUAGCGAUCUUCAUCUUCAUGUAGGAAUAAAUGUAACGAAUUCAGCUAUCAAGUUGAAGUUGCAAGUACUACAACAGCGUUCAACGAAAUGCACCAAAGGCAAGCAAAAAUCCAAUACAAGUAAAUGUACCAAGACCAAGCUGAGGUCCUCAAAAACGAAAAGUAUAAUCAUGUAGAUUUAAUUAGACUCAGUGGGAGCACACAAGUAGUAGUACUAGUUUCCCGUGGAAUCCGAAUCAUCAAUUCUUCAGUAAAAAUGCAAUUUAUGGUACAGUUUCAGUUAUUCAAAUGUUACUUAAGUAGAGAGCUAGAGCUUGAGUUAGAAAAAUGCCAAAAUUUUCCAUCCUGAUUGAUCAAUGUUCAUGAGCCGUCCAUCUACGAUGAAAGUGUAAAAGGCCAUCGUGCUCACUUCAUUUUCAGUCACCAUCUCUCUUCCGGUUCCCCAUGCACAGAAUUUUUUUCUCGCGGAUUGCAAGUGUAGGUCGGAAUGAAAACACCAUCACGCCAGUCAACAUUGAUAGAAGACAUCAGAUUUUGACGGUAGUCCGAUCAUCUUCACCGACAAGGACAGAGAGGAAAUGAAAUGAGUCAAAUCACCAGAAGUCUUUCUUUUAAUGUUAAGAAAUCACUACGUUGUAAUGAGAUGUUGAACUUGUGAUGAACUCCUACACGCUCAAAAUGGAGGAGGU